GCUUCCCAGUCCGUGGGGGCCAGAACGGUUUGUCUACACUGGUUGUAUGCGAUCCGACGAGCGCUCAGGGUAUGAGGAAGGUGAACUUAGUGAUUGCAGCUUAGCAGGAAAGUUGCAAAGAGCACUGGAUGGGCGAGCGGUGCAGGUGCAGCCGUGGGAUCCAACCAGGUUUCGACCAAGACAAGUCCUUCAGUUGGCCCCGCGCAAUAGAGGCCACGUUGAGCUGCUUGAGGACUUGCAGAGCCAAAGGCUUGUGGUGGCAAAGGUCAUGCCGAUAUCUUGGACUCGCACCAGCCAUAUUGAAUUCGUGGCCGCGCACCCAGCAGAGACGGAGAUGCCCUGGAGGGACGUUUGCGUCACGCGCUACCUGUCAGAAGAACUAGGCAACUUGCAUGUGUGUGAGCUGGUGGGACUUUUCCGCAGGCCGCUGGCCGGCAGCGAAGGUUUGGGCUGCGGACGUGCGCGUGAGGAGCCCGGGGCAGAGCACCUGUGCAUGGUGAUGUCACACGCCGGGAACGACCUUUUCAGCUGGCUUGGCAGGACUACGGCGCGUGGCCGAGAGGAGUCUGCCAGGCCAAUGGCUCUCCAAAUCUUUAAGAUCACGCAGAAGAUUCACAGUUGUGGGGUGGGCCACGGCGAUCUGAGCCUGGAGAACAUGCUCUUGGCGUCCGAGGAGGGUGCAUUACGCUUCAUCGACUUCGGCGCAGCUACUGGCCGCUUGGCGCGGGGCUUGCGUGGAAAGUCCACAUUUCGGGCUCCGGAGAUGUAUGCCUCUUCAUCAUACGACGCCUUCUUGGCUGACAUCUUCUCGACUGGAGUUGCUAUUUUCACUUUAAUCGUCGGGAACUACCCGUGGAAGUCGACGAGCCCGCAUUCAUGCCAGCUCUUCGGCUACUUCAAAGAGCAUGGUCUGAUGGCUUAUUUGGCCCGGCGCCGAUUUGGGAGAACUUGUGCGCUUGAUGCUGGGAGGAGAAUCCGCACGAGGAGUCAGGAAGUCUUGCCCCUCUCAUCGGUCAUAUCGCCACAGCUGUCCUCGCUACUGACAGGACUCCUUCAAGUGGAUCCAGCAUCACGCAUGUCCUUGCAGGAUGCUUUGGGCCACGAAUGGUUUCACAUAUGAGGCUUCUAUGCCCACAAAUUAUACGACCGGAGCGCCGAUUGUAUGCCUGUCCCAAACACCUGGUGCUGGGGCGUGCGUGCCAUGCAGAAGAACCUUCGGGACGUGUGGCCCUUGAGCCCACAGACGCGCCUCUUGUUCCACUCCUUCCGACUCCUUGCUACAAGGAUGUGCUCACAGUGCUCACAGCGCUCACGGGAUGCGCAGCUCCAUGCGCAGGUCUUGUUAAAAAUGAUUGGAAUCAAAGCGCCUGCUGCAUGCGGUUGAUCAUCAACCCGACAUUCAGCCGAAAUCCACAAGAGAUGCAGGAGAGCCUGCAAAAAAGCAGUAUCAGGGUGUCUUUGGGCACUCAGGUUUAUGCCUUGUUUCAAACUUGGCCUUCGCUUGCUUCCAUUGAAAAAGAGCCAGUGUCAGUUAGAGAGCGAAAAAGCACUGGCGGCUCAAAAGCGUGCCACAGUCAAUAUAUAACUACUGUCCUGUCAGGGCUUCCUGUGUUUCUACC